AUGUGCAACAUGGUGUUGGCUUUGGCCAGGCCAUUGCAUGACCUGCACAAGUGCAUGUCCAUGCCAAAAGGAGGAGUGAUGCGGACUCCGCAGGGACAAGUAGACCUCGACGAGAGGGCACCAUCGCUUCGAAGUGCUGAAGGAUUGAAUGAGAAGUGCGCAUCAUCCAGGAGCUCACUUACAGGCCUUACAACUGCCUCGCUCCGUCGGGAGGUGCACCAGGCAGUCGCUGCUGAGGUGGCCAGGAUCGUGGAGCCGCUGAAGGAAAAACUCCAGACAGAGCAGACUGCAAGGCAACGGCUGGAAGGCAUGCUGCGAGUUGCCCAAGGAAAAGAGGGUCCAUGA